AUGAAGUGGAAGCUUGCGGAAAAUGGCCAGUGGAAAUUGAACGUUGAUGGCAGCUAUUUGCCCAACUGUGUCAAAAGUGGUGUAGGUGGCAUCCUUCGUGAUAACACAGGACAAUUCAAAGCUGGCUUUGCUAUACCUGUAUUAAACAUGGCUUCCCCGAAGCAAGUCGAGCUGCAGGCUAUCAAACAAGGAUUACAACUGCUUCAAACUCUUCAAGUUGGCAACACAAUUGUCGAGACUGACUAUCUCCAGGCUACCUGGGAUAUUGCAAACCUGAAUCAUGAAGCUAUUGCUAAUGGGGCUCUUAUUGACGACAUCAAGGUUGCUGUAGAUGCUUUACAUAAUGUCUCUAUUAGUUAUGGGUCAAGGACAGGCAACGCAGUGGCCCAUCGAUUGGCUGGAAUCGUGUAUGAAGCCAACACCAGUAUGUUCUGGUUUGACCAAGUCCUAGAAUGUAUUCUCGAUGUAUUAAACUAUGAUGUAAUUGUGAGCCCCCGGAAAAGUUUAUCAAGCUUAAGUGAAGUAGUUCGAUAA